AUGGCGGCAGGGUCAGAGAGUGGCUCAAAGCUACCACCGAAAGGUUUGCUGAUCAACCACACUCCAGCUCAAUUGAAGGACCGUGGCAUAGACGUGUCUGAUUCAAGCUACAGCGCAGAAGACCUGUUUGGCACUUUGGCUGGGUCUGCUUUCCUGGAUGCAGUCUAUGAAGCCUUCGGUUGUGGUGAGUAUGACGUGAACUGGUUUACAUCAGGAGAGCGUACCGUGGUCAGAUCACCUCUGUCGCGACCCAUACAGCACGCGACGGCGGAGGUCUAUAAGCACCGGAUACUCAGGGAGGGCUUGUCACAGCUUGCUAGUGGAGAUGCUGUGUUCAAGUUCCAAAAUGCCAAGCGGGUUCCACCGUACGAGGAAGCGGAGCUAGCUUUUUGGAUCACUGUGAAGAGGGAUGAGUUCAAGCUGUGGUGCAAUGGCACUGUUGACUUCUUGGACACUCGCUUCAAUUCCUUUGCCACUGUGGGUGUUAUGCACGAGAUCACACUGCUUAUCGUUGGUUCUAUGAAGAGAUUCUAUGAUAAGAAGGAGAUCGGCUUGGUGUUGCUUCAGGAAAGCCCAGCGGAGAAGGUGCAGGCCAAGAUUCUUACUGGUUUGGAGUCAUUGGGAUUGGCCGGCCAGUCUAGCCAAGCAGCGCCUGGCAAGAAGGGCAUAAAGCAAGCCUUCCAAGGCUACUCCAAGAAAGAGAAGGACUCCUACACAAAGAGGAUCACAUCGUGUGACGGAGAUUACCGCAUGAAGACCAGCUUGGAUGAGGUUUUGUCAGCUUUGGGCUUUGUUGCUGCUGAAGUCAAAGCUGAAUCAGAGGCAGCGUGGGCAGCAAAGCAGCUGGGCAGCCAGCAGACCAAGGAGAAGCAGCGACAGCAAGAGGUGACUCUACGAUCUACCAUUGGGUUUUGCGUUAGUCUGUUCAUUGAAUUUGCUUUUGAAAAGCAAGUCAAUGUCAAUGGGACACAAUUCCGAUCAUACGCUGGGUUGCGCAGCGAGCUUCAAGGGGUUGUCAAGAGUGCGCACGCACGCUGGGUGGAAGCUACAGCUGAAAAGGGUAACUUCUCCACUGGUGACUCACCAUCAGGUGCACCAACAGAUGCCCUGAGUCUGGCCAGGGCUUUGGCUGAGGAAUAUGCAAACCGCCCAGUCACCUCCAUUUGCUGGGACGAUGAAGAGGAGCGAAGCGUGAAGAGAAUUGGUCAUGUCAUGGCUACUCAAUAUUCCUCCGUGGCAGCCCCAUUGAAGACCUUCGUAAAGGAUGUGCUGCGCAAGCCUAUUUUGCUCCACGAUUUCCCACGGUCAGCCUUAGCAAAGCUUUCGCAGCAGCAGAGGUCUUCAUCUUCUCACAUGGAGAUGGUAGAUAUGCUGGGUAUGGUGAAGGAUGAGCUCCAGACAUCACUUCCUUUUUGUUGGGUGGCUCUAGCAGUGGAGGUGUCCAACGUCUACGCAGCGAAGAACCAUUUUGUGGAAGGCACUCAGGAGGUAUUCAUGGAUGCUGAUACCCUGGCAAAGUUCGUGAUUUUGAGGGUCCGCUACUUGUUUGCUUUGCUGGGGGAGUGCUUCAACAGUGUGCCUGACUUCCACUUGGCUGAGUCCACACCAGCAAUGAAGAAGUUCUUUGACACUUUGGCAUCGUUGGGUGGGAAAGACACUGAUCCAAAGCUUGUGAUUAUUGGUACUGGAGAUAGUCUGUUGAACGCUACUGAUUGGGUGUCCACUUGGGCAACUCUGCUCACAUCUCACACAACCAUUGAUGGCUUGGUUGCCGACAUCCAAAAGAAGUUCGGCUUGCCCAACUUAUCCGCACCACCUCCUCCCAAGCCUACAGAAGGUGGCAAGGCUGAGAAGGCUGAGACCAGUGAGACGUCUGAGAAGACUGAGGAUAAGGAGACUGGAGAGCAGGUGGAGAAGAAUGACACUGACACCCAGAAGAAGGAGUGGACCUUGAGUACCAUCAACUCGUUUACAGGUUCUGGGCAAGAGGUUUUGGGAGACUCAGACGAUGCUAGCUUGUUGAAGCUGGAUACAGUAUCCACUGUCUUUCUCAGAAGGUUCGAAGUGGAGCUAGAAUCCUUGCUGUGGAAGCUAUGGCGCGCUGUCCCAUCCAAAGUGCUUGACGAGUCCCUUCUCAUCGAUCCCUCCGCACCAGCCAAGGAUAUGUUUCAUGUCAAGUACCCUCUUCCUCACAAGAACUUGUCCUUGCCAUUCAUGGGCCAAGUCACCGCCGCAAGCGACGGUAAGGCCAGCUCAGUCUUCCUGACAUCAGUGUUUGGUGUCCACUUCUUUGUGCAGCCAGUGUCCAGUGUAUGUACACCUGCUUGGGCAGUCAAAACUGUUUCCAGGCAUGACCAGGCUUUCUUCGAGCUGACGACUGAGAAGUAUGUUGUUGCUUGCGUGGUUGAGGAUGACUUCCCAAACCAGCAGAAGAGGAGCUCUGACACAAUCCCCUUUGGCUUGUUUGUGAUGGACGACAACAAGGAUUUGAAGGCCUCACAGCGGAAGAUUGAUUUUGACCUUACCCUGACGUGCUUGACGCCUGUGAAAGAUUUGGAUGCGAAGCUCUCGGAGGACCGGUAUUCUUCUUGGCCAAUGUUGAGACCAUACGUGAGGUUGAACCCCUUUCAGGAGUUGGAGCUCAAAAAAGCGAAAGCAGAGAAGAGCGCGAGGGCAACCAUGGCAAAGAAGUUAGCCAAGGAUACCAAAGCAAAAGCAGGAGUCGGAGUCAAAGGAAAAAAGAGAAGCCGUGCCAUCCGUGCUAACCAGCCUGAUGAUGUGGAGAUGCCGGAGAUUGAGUUGCCAGAGAACCCAAAUGAACAGAUCCAGGUUUUGGAAGCAGCUAUUGCGCAGGAGAAGGAGUUGGAGAAACUCGUCCAGUCUUGCACCGCGGAACUACAGCUGCCACAGAAGCUGCAGAUUACUCGGCUGCAGGAGGUUGACAAAUCAAGGAGCGCCAGAGCAAAGGGCAUGGAGCUUGCCUUGAAGAAUGCGCAGGCAGUCCAAGCAGGUGGCAGCGGCCAUGCAUCCAAAGAGUCUGACACCCAAGCAGAUUUUGGUUUGAAGGCUGCGAUCAAGCAUUGUGAAGAUCCCACUGCCCAACGUCGUAAGAAGGCCAAGAAGACUGGGCAAGCCAAUGAUGUCCUCAAGCUCGGGAAGUGCUGGUACUUGGGACGGCUGCGCUGCUUCUACUUUGAGUGUGGCCAAAGGACCAUCACGGUGGUGAGCGAUACGAACUUGGUGCCCGUGUUGGCCAUGUACGGCCUCAAGAAAGCUGCUUCCAGGCGCCCACCAUACCUCUCUGCCUUGAUUCACGAGCUGUACGUGCACAGGAAUGGGUCCCACUUCAUCAGGGUUCUCUACAAUGGUCGUGUGCAAGAAGUUUGCCAUGGCUACUAUCCCCUGUGCCCGUUGAAAGAGUGGGAGGAUUUGGUGGAAGAUUUCACUCCCUCACGAAAGUCCUGCCCCGUGCUUCACGAAGCUUAUGACUUUAAGGUUCCAAGGAACCGCUCGUUCAGCCGAAGUUCCAUGCCCUUUGGGGUCGACGUGCGUCAUUUGCCGGAGGCAGUGAAGGAAGUGAGCGACAAUCCCCUUUCAAAGGUGCUUCCGAUGAUGCUGGUCCUCCUGUGCUGCCUUUGUUUGGGCUCAGCAUGUGGUCGAAGGCGAAGGCCCCUGCCGACCAGGUCCUUCGACCAUGAGGAGGGCCUACGAGAAGCUUUGAUGACGUGA